AUGUUUACGAACAAACACUUGAAGGCAAGAAGACGUGAUUUGGCUGAGGUCCUGUUGAAAAGAGGUGUGAACUUAGAUCCCUUGAGCAAAUGGUCAAAAGUUGGACUGGUUGUGUAUGAUUCGCAAGUGCCAAUUGGGGCUACUCCCGAGUACAUGGCUGGGUUCUACAUGCUACAAAGUGCAAAUUCAUUUUUGCCUGUUAUGGCGCUUGCUCCAGAAGAAAAGGAGCGGAUUGUCGACAUGGCGGCUGCACCUGGUGGCAAAACAACAUAUGUUGCUGCUCUUAUGAAAAAUACAGGAAUAAUUUAUGCUAACGAAAUGAAGGAACCGAGACUAAAGUCACUGACUGCCAAUUUGAAUCGGAUGGGGGUGACAAACACCAUAGUUUGUAACUAUGAUGGUAGAGAGCUUCCCAAGGUUUUGGGUCUCAAUUCAGUUGAUAGAGUGUUGCUGGAUGCUCCCUGUAGUGGAACAGGGGUUAUAUCUAAAGACGAGUCAGUAAAAACAUCCAAAAGCCUGGAGGAUAUAGAAAAAAGUGCUCAACUGCAGAAGCAAUUGAUACUCAAUGCAAUUGACAUGGUUGAUGCAAACUCAAAAUCUGGGGGGUAUAUUGUUUACUCCACAUGCUCCAUGAUGAUUGCUGAGAAUGAAGCAGUCGUUGACUAUGCGCUCAAGAAGAGGAAUGUUAAAGUUGUGCCAUGUGGGCUCGACUUUGGCCGUCCGGGGUCAUUCUAAUUCUCCGCUAGCAGCUGCUAUCUAUAUUACCACUUUGAAUGUAACAAUCAUAUUUUUUUCUUCUUCCGUCUUUAUAGAUAUACUAGAUUCAGAGAGUACCGGUUUCACCCAUCCUUAGAUAAGACUAGACGGUUCUCUCCCCAUGUACACAACAUGGAUGGUUUCUUUGUGGCGAAACUGAAGAAAGUAAGCAAUUCAUUACCUACUGCCGCAGCUGCUGAAGCUGUGCAGUCUACAGAGCAAGUAACGCUGUCCAGUGAGAAAGACGUGGAAUCUGCAGAGGAAGCUCCACUCUCCGGUGUGGAAGACGCUCUGGAGGGAAGUGUGCGGCCUUCCAAGGGGGAUAGUAAUAAGAAAAACAACCCAGGUCGGAUAAAACGAGAACACCAAAAUGGGAAUGGAGUACCGAAACCAGCAGCUGAUAAGCGCCGCGAGAGGAAGUUCCCAUUCAGAAAGGAAGUCCCCCGCAGAACGGAAAUCAUAAAAGCAAGGGAGGAGAAGAGACAAGCUUUGAGGGGAACAAAAAGAAAAGCAGAAGGGAGCAAGUAGAGGAGGUCGACGAUAACAGAAGCAAGAAGGCCAUAUACGUUGGAGGGAGGAAUACUGAGAACAGAACACACGCUGAGGAGCAAUUACCAUUUAACCUUUUGCUUUUGGCGAAUAUUCGAUCUCGCUUAUUUAGGAGCAUUCAAAUGUCUGGUUCAUCUCAGGAAAAAACGAUGCUUGUGUCUUUGUGAACCUAGAUUUCGGGGACACAACCACCGCCAGUAGUUCUCCCACUCGGUUUCUCCUUUGAAUGCAAUUUUUCCAUUUGUCCGAGCGACUUUCUGCUUGAGACUGGGGUUUAAAUUCGCAGCCCUGAACUUCUGUGCAAUAUCUGCCUCACAUAUUCAGGUUAUUACUUUUGUUGCUUCAGGUACAUUACUAUGUGCAGUCCCACAUCCAAAUGAAUGAAUACCGCGAUUGUGUAGUAUUGCCUAAUGCAACCAAGAAGUGUGGAAAGCAUAUUAGCACAUGUAUUAAGAUCUUAGAUAUGACUGGUCUAAGGCUUUCAGCUCUAAAUCAAAUAAAGUUAUUAACUGCAAUAUCUACCAUUGACGACUUAAACUAUCCAGAGAAGACAGACACAUAUUACGUUGUCAACGUCCCAUACAUCUUUUCUGCCUGUUGGAAGGUUGUGAAGCCUUUAUUACAAGAGAGGACAAGGAAGAAGAUUCAGGUGCUACAAGGUUCUGGGAAGGACGAAUUGUUAAAGACAAGGGGCCUCUGGUUCGUCUCGUGUUGUUGCUGCUGCUAAUGGAACCACCACCCCAAACUGCUUCUCGUUAGAUCAUGCCUCCCAUCAGCAGCUGUACAACUACGUUAAGCAGCAAGCUGAGCUGGACGAAUCUGAUUCACCACCUCUCAAACAAGGCUCGGUCCAUGUAAGUUACCCCGAGCCUGACCCUGAAGAUGCCAAGAUCGUGAAGACGAUAGAGUCCGAGCUCCACAAGCUAGGUGAUUCUAAUGGCCUCAACAAUUCAUUCAGCAGAGUCCGGGUGAAUGGCAUGUGAAAAAUGCUGACACAAGGAAGGAAUGAAUGAACAUUUAGGGAUGCGGUUUAGUUACUGAUUUCGCACCAAAACGGAAGUACGAGAGUGAGAGAUCCAGGCCUCUGCAAAACUUGAGAAAGAUGGGGAAAGUUGUGAACUUUGUACUAAUUAAGGUUAUUGACGGUGUAGCUUUUCAAUUUGAUGCAUCAGCUCGAUGCACAUCUUGCAGAGUAAGUUGAGGGGCUAAGUCACCUGCAUAGGGGAUUGACAAGAAACAUCUCAGGGUGAAAUGAUCUUUGUCAUAUCCCUCUUUACUUUUAAUUAACCCUUCAGUUGGGACCUUAUAUACAAGGAACUACUUGCUUCAGAAGAGCUUUACUCAUUUUGGCACCUUGUUUUGUAGCCAAUAGCAAAAGACUAUUAGGUG